CCGGCUUCGGGCGCGUGAGCGGUCCCGGGACCGGAAGUUGAGGCGAUCUCGGCGGUUAGAGAGAACAGAGAUUCCCUCUGAAGGUUCUAUGGCAUCGCCCAGCCCACGUGUUUACCAGGAAGUGCUGGGCACUCCCCAUAGGCUACUCUUCUAUGGGAAACAGCUCUGGCAGUCCACAAGUUCUUCAACCGGCUCUUACCUGGCUCUGAUAACUCCCAGGGUUGGUCUGGGUCCCUCUGAAACUAUAGAGAUAGAACCUCUGAACUCUGUUCUGUGAUGGCCCUCAGAAACAAGGCUGAGUAGGGGAAAGCGUUGCUAAUAAACCAAGGUGAACUGUGGCCUUUUGAGUGUAAAAUUUUUUCCAGGUUGUAUGCCUGUGGUUCCUCUCACUGUUUUCUCUGUCGGUCAUCAUGGAGAGAGAGCACUGGGCAUGUAUGUCAGUUACUGUUUAGCUUCUCUGUGUCAGGCUAGGUAAUACACAUUGCAGUGUGUAAAAUGUGGAAAAUGGGAUUGUUCCCAUUUUACAGAUGAAGAAAACCUCAAAGGAGUUACUUUGCACGCAGACACAUAUCUGGGCCUGCAGUCGCAGGAUGAACUUGUGUCCAUUCCAGAGGUCACCACGGGAGUCGUGAGGUGCCCUGUGCAUCACCAGCUUGACCCAGGCCGCAGGCCAUUUACUCUGCCAACACCUGGGUCAAUCCUGUACCACCACUGAAGGGGAGACUAGCUCUUGGAAGAGAAAGUGCUACCUUCUUGCAGGCACUGGCCUCUCACUGCAGGAAGUGGGGAAUGUCCGAGAAUAUUUGGUCCAGGGGCUCAGAACUGAGGCCAGUUUUGUGACAGCCCUGGAAUUGGCCACGGCAUGCCGCCUCCCAGAACAAGGGAGGGCAGGGGUCCCUGGGACCGACCCCGGACUCCCAGUCCUGAAGAGGCCCCAGAGAAAUGGGACUGGAAUUGUCCAGAGACACAGCGCCUCUUCGAGGAUGCCUUCUUCGGCGAUGAGGAUUAUAUCCGGCAGGGUUCCGAGGAGUGCCAGAAGUUUUGGACGUUCUUUGAACGCUUGCAGAGAUUCCAGAAUCUCAGGACCACCAGGAAGGAGGAGAAAGACGCCAGGCGGCCCAAGCACAGCCACCCAGCACUGGCCGACCUCCCUCAUGCUUAUGACCCUCGCUACCGCAUCAACCUCUCCGUCCUCGGCCCGGAUGCUAGGGACUCUCGGGGGCUGGGCAGGUGCCUGCCCCCGGAGAGAGUGUCUGAGUUCCGCCGAGCCCUGUUGCACUACCUGGACUUCUGCCAGAAGCAGGCGUUUGGGCGACUGGCCAAACUGCAGCGGGAGCGGGCGGCACUGCCCAUUGCCCAGUACGGGCACCGCAUCCUGCAGACACUGAAGGAGCACCAGGUGGUGGUGGUGGCGGGCGACACGGGCUGCGGCAAGUCCACUCAGGUGCCCCAGUACCUGCUGGCCGCCGGCUUCAGUCACGUGGCCUGCACCCAGCCCCGGCGAAUCGCCUGCAUCUCGCUGGCCAAGCGCGUUGGCUUCGAGAGCCUCAGUCAGUACGGCUCACAGGUCGGCUACCAGAUCCGUUUCGAGAGCACGCGCUCGGCGGCCACGAAGAUCGUGUUCCUGACGGUGGGGCUGCUCCUCCGGCAGAUCCAGCGGGAGCCCAGCCUGCCCCAGUACCAGGUGCUGAUCGUGGACGAGGUGCACGAGCGGCACCUCCACAACGACUUCCUCCUGGGGGUCCUCCGGCGCCUGCUGCCCCAGCGGCCCGACCUCAAGGUCGUCCUCAUACCAGGUCUGCUCCUGCCUGGGGCCAUCUCCUCGCAGGUCGUGUACCAGCCGCAGGAGGCCGAGCCGACCACGUCCAAGCCGGAGAAGCUGGACCCGAGGCCCUUCCUCAGGGUGCUGGAGGCCAUCGACAAUAAGUACCCGCCCGAGGAGCGGGGCGACCUCCUGGUGUUCCUCAGUGGCAUGGCGGAGAUCAGCGCAGUGCUCGAGGCCGCCCAGACCUACGCCAGCCACACCCAGCGCUGGGUGGUGCUGCCGCUGCAUAGCACCCUCUCUGUGGCCGACCAGGACAAGGUAUUCGACGUGGCCCCACCUGGAGUCCGGAAGUGCAUCCUCUCCACCAACAUUGCUGAGACCUCAGUCACCAUUGACGGCAUCCGCUUCGUGGUAGAUUCUGGGAAGGUGAAGGAGAUGAGCUACGACCCACAGGCCAAACUGCAGCGGCUGCAGGAAUUCUGGAUCAGUCAGGCCAGUGCCGAGCAGCGUAAGGGCCGGGCGGGCCGCACAGGCCCCGGCGUCUGCUUCCGCCUCUAUGCUGAAUCAGACUACGAUGCCUUCGCCCCCUACCCUGUCCCGGAGAUUCGGAGGGUUGCCCUGGAUGCAUUGGUGCUUCAGAUGAAGAGCAUGAGCGUGGGGGACCCCCGAACCUUCCCGUUCAUCGAGCCCCCACCACCAACCAGCUUGGAGACGGCCAUCCUCUACCUCCGGGACCAGGGGGCUCUGGACAGCUCAGAGGCCCUCACCCCCAUCGGGUCCCUGCUGGCACAACUGCCAGUGGAUGUUGUGAUUGGAAAGAUGCUGAUCCUGGGCUCCAUGUUCCACCUGGCCGAGCCCGUGCUCACCAUUGCUGCUGCCCUCAGCGUCCAGACGCCCUUCACUCGCACCACCCAGAGCAACCCCGAGUGCGCGGCGGCGCGGCGGCCCCUGGAGAGUGACCAGGGCGACCCCUUCACGCUCUUCAACGUCUUCAACACCUGGGUGCAGGUGAAAUCUGAACGGAGCAGAAACUCACGCAAGUGGUGCCGCCACCGUGGCAUUGAGGAGCACCGGCUGUACGAGAUGGCCAACCUGCGGCGCCAGUUCAAGGAGCUUUUGGAGGACCAUGGGCUGGUGGCCGGUGCCCGGGCCCCGCAGCCGGGGGACAGCUAUAGUCGGCUGCAGCAGCGGCGGGAGCGCCAGGCGCUCUACCAGCUGAAGCGCCGGCACGAGGAGGGCGCGGGGCGCAAGCGCAAAGUGCUGCGAGUCCAGGACGACCAGGACGGCUGGUCCAGUGACGAGGACCGGGGUGGCUCAGCCUCCCGGGGGGCUGGCGACAGCGUGGACAUCCAGGACGUGAAGUUUAAGCUCCGACACAAUGUGGAACAGCUGCAGGCGGCCGCCAGCUCAGCCCAGGCCCUGACUCGGGGCCAGAUGGCCCUGCUCAAGCUGGUGCUCAGCCGGGGCCUCUACCCGCAGCUCGCCGUCCCCGACCCGCUCAACAGCGGCCGCAAGGACUCUGACCAGAUCUUCCACACCCAGACCAAGCAGGGCGUCGUGCUGCACCCCACCUGCGUCUUUACCAAUAGCCCCGAGGUGCUGCACACGCAGGAGCAGGCGGCCAGGGGCGGCGGCGGGAGCCGAGAUGACAGGGACAAGAUGAGUAGCAAACACCAGCUUGUCGCCUUCGUCUCCCUCCUGGAGACCAACAAACCAUACCUGGUGAACUGUGUCCGCAUCCCCGCUCUGCAGUCCCUCCUGCUGUUCAGCCGGUCCCUGGACACCAAUGGCGACUGCUCCCGCCUAGUGGCCGACGGCUGGCUGGAGCUCCAGCUCGCAGACACCGAGAGUGCUGUCCGGCUCCUGGCGGCUUCCCUGCGGCUCCGGGCCCACUGGGAAAGCUCCCUGGACCGGCAGCUGGCCCGCCAGGCCCGGCAGCGGCUGGAGAACGAAGAGGAGGAGGAGGAGGAAGACCCUGUCGGCCACGAGGAGGUGGCAGCUCUGAGCCGGGAGCUGUUGCAGUUCAUGACUUCCAAGGUUUCCUACAGCGUCCGGCGGCUCACAGGGCUGGAAGUCCAGAACCUCUAUGUGGGACCCCAGACCAUCACGGCUGCCCCCAGUCUCCCUGGCCUCUUUGGCAGCUCUACCCCGUCCCCCCACCCCACCAAAGGGGGCUACGCAGUCACUGACUUCCUUACCUACAACUGCCUCACGAGCGAUGCGGACCUGUACAGCGACUGUCUCCGCACUUUCUGGACCUGCCCGCACUGCGGCUUGCACAUGCCCCUGACGCCCCUGGAGCGCAUCGCCCAUGAGAACACCUGCCCCGAGGCCCCGCAGGACGGCCCCCCAGGGACUGAGGAAGCUGCCCCCGAGCCCCUCCAGAAGGCAUCUGCCCUGCAGAAGCCCUACCACUGUGAGGCCUGCCAGAAGGACUUUCUGUUUACGCCCACGGAAAUUCUGCGGCACCGGAGGCAGCACGUGUGAGCCCAGCCUGUCCUGGACCAGGGCCAAGACCAGGACUGCUGCCCUCGCUCCCAGCCUAGGCUCGGACCUCUGACCUGGGCCCAGCCUGUGAAUAAACUCUCACUGAUGGA